AUGGACGAGUAUACUGUGCGUAAUGAAUUUAGCGCUGAUGUACUGCGGACGUCGAGUAGCAGUCCUAAUAUGGAGUUAAAUAAAUCGGAAUUUGAAUUGGACCAGUACGAUGACAAAAUAAUAUCUCAGGUACAGAUGGAUAGCGAGUGUAGUAAUAUAGGUAAAAGUAAAAGAAACAGGGAUGAAGAAGAAAAUGAAUGGAUGUUGGUAAAGAGAAAGGAAAAGAUUGUUAAAGUUGGGCACGAUAAAAUUGAGGUGUAUAUUUCAAGUAAUGAGAAGUUACCUAAGCAAUUUGGCUUAGCUAGGGUGUUGAAGGAGCAACAAAAUUUAGACAUAUCUAGAGUUAAAUAUUUAAACCCGUACAAAAUGCGUUUAGAUAUUACUAAUGAGAUGAGUGUAACCAAGUUGUAA